AUGGAGGAAGGUGGAGAUAUGGAAGCAGCUUCGCCUGCGGUGGCGGCGGCAGGCGCUGCUUCUCUGGACCUGUCUCUAACACUGGCCCCUGUGUCACCACCACCACCAGCACCACCUUCCUCCUCUUGUUGGGCUGCAGCAGAUGUUGUUCUUCCUUCUUCUACAGGCGCAGGUGGCAAUUACCAUGGCCAUGGUGGUGGGAAGCUCUUCUCGUGCCUCUUCUGCAAUAAGACCUUCCUCAAGUCGCAGGCGUUGGGGGGCCACCAGAACGCGCACAAGAAGGAGAGGGCCGCCGGCAGCUGGAACGCCCACCUCUACCUUCCCGCAGCGGGGGCAGCCAACCAGCCGGCCGCCGCGACGUCCAUGCUGCCAGCGACCUGGCCGCCCGCACGUACGCCUACUAGCAGGCUUGUCGACGACCACGAGCAGCAGCAGCAGCAGCAGCUUGAUCUUAGCCUCAGGCUCUAG